AUGCAGCUCACAGCGACGUCGGCAGCCAGCAUCGGCGUGGGGAUCGUGCAUGGGGCAGCUGGACCGGGCUGUUUAUUGGCAGUGCUGCCCACUCUCGCCAUGGAGAAGGACGUCUUCCGGGCGUUGCUGUAUCUCGGAUUCUUUUGUGGCAGCUCCAUCCUGUCCAUGGGGUCGUUCGCUGCGCUCUACGGGGAGUUGACGCAACGAAGUGGGAGAUCGCAAUCCCCAAGAGCAGCUCUGUACGUUGCGGUCGGCUCGUCCGUCCUCUCAAUAGCUGUGGGGGUCACGUGGGUCGUGUUGCAGGCGACUGGAGUACUGGAUCGCGUGUUCGGCGACUGA